AUGGCUACUAAUGAAAAUCUUUCGCCUAAUGUGAUAAAGCAACUUGCCAAUGAGUUGAAAAAUCUUGAUGAAACCACUCUCGAGGGCAUUAAAGUUGUGAUUUUCCAUCCAAAUGUUGCAAACAAUAGAGAGAUUUGUGUCAACACACUAAAAAAGGAUUGGAAUCCUAGCCUUGGAUUACGACAUGUUCUUAUCGUUGUUAGGUGUCUAUUGAUUGAACCAUUUCCGGAGUCAGCUUUAAAUGAACUUGCCGGUAAACUACUGCUUGAAGAUUACGCGGAGAAUGCCAGACAUGUCAGGAUUUACAAUGGCAUUCAUGCAAAACCAAAGGCCAAGUUCAAAAGUGAAGCUAUAACACAAUCAAUUACUUAUAUGAAUGUUGAUCAGAAGAACACCUCAGUGCUAAAUGUUGACAUCAAAACCAUGUCGUCAAGUGCUGCUUUGCCACCAUUGUCGCUGCCCUCGACGACUGCAGCAAGAGGUGCUAGUCAGGAUCAGGCAACAGGCAUUCUUACCGAGUCAUCUGCUAAUCAUUCUACUGCUGCUGCGGUAGUUUCUGCUGCUCAUGCACCCGAUAAAAAAGAAACUGGAACUGCCAAAGCUCAGGAAGACAAGAAGAAACUAGAUGCAAGAAAGAGAAGUUUAAAAAGAUUAUGA